UCCCGCUGGUAAAGCGCUUAAUCCGCGGGGGGCGUCCGGCUGUGUCCAGCACCCUCUCACCCGCCCGUGACACGGACACUCGCGCUCAGCACGACACGGGACGGAGCUUCUCCUCCUCGCCGCUGAUCGGUAACUCCGCGUCUGUCACAUUUCCGCGAAGGCCGGGCGCGGAUCCGCCGCUGACCGUGUGUUGUUGUCGUUACCGGGAGGAAGGACGCUUGCUCGCUUGGAGACGCCGGCGGCCCGUGCAUGGAUGCAUCAUGUCUUCGUUCGUGUGCCGGGUUCAGUUUCUAGACGACACCGAUCCGUUCAACAGCACUAAUUUCCCGGAGCCGACCCGAGCUCCUCUCUACACCUUCAGAGAAGAUAUUCCUCUGAUUAACCAGCUCGCAGGGGUCCACCGGCUCCUCAAAGCCCCUCACAAGCUCGAUGACUGCGCUCUGCAGCUCUCUCACACCGGUGUGUAUCUGGAUCUGGAGUCGACGCUGGACGAGCAGAGAGAUGAACUCGAGGGAUUUCAGCAGGACGACUGCGCAGGGAGGGGAAAGAAGCACAGUGUGAUUUUACGCACUCAGCUGAGCGUCCGUGUUCACGCGUGUAUCGAAAAGCUGUAUAACUCAAAUGGGCGUGACCUGAGGAGGGCGCUGUUUUCCCUCAAGCAGAUAUUCCAGGUAUAAAAACACUCAUUCUGU